ACUAAUCGUUUAUCACCUAAAUCUAAAAAGAAUAAAUAAAAAAUAAAGAAGUAAACUAGAAAGGAGGAUUUAUCGUUUUGUUGUUACGAUAUAUCUUUCGUAAUUUAUACUUUUCAAAACGUGUGGUAAUCAAAAAAUAAAACGAGUACGAUGUAGAGUAAAAGUUAAAUUCAAUCUUCAAGUAUUUACUUCCUUAUGCGUAACCUAGUUUUUUGUAUAAACAAAAAUAUUGUCCACCUUCACCAAUAAAAUGCUUUCGAGAACUGUCAUAUGGAUGAUCCUGAGUUCGACCAUUGUAUAAAAGAUGCAUUAAAUAAUGUUCGUCCUUAUUUCAAAACAGGUGUUCCCCAAUGGAACAUUCCACCGUUUGAUCCAUUUUUUGCAAAGGAAGUCGUUCAAACGACCGGAAUUCCUAUGUUUCAUUACAAUCUGAAACUAAUGAACGUUACUGAAUCCGGAUGGACUGUUUCUCAAGUUACCAGUUUCAAGAGUGAUUUUAAUAAAAAUCUCAUCGAAUACACUCAAUUUUUCCCGGAAAAGUUCCUAAAUGGUCACUAUGACUUUACCGGUAGCGUUUUCGGGAAUAAACUAUCAAAUGCUGGAACGUGGAAUUUAGCUCUAUACGAUUUUAUUCAAACCACUCAAAUUAGUAAGCCAAGGGGAAGAGGAAGAGAUAAAUCCUUGAGGGUAAAGGUUACAGUUCACACCUGCAGAGAUAUGAAAUUGCAUAUUUCUCAUUUAUUGGGAGGAAGAAGAAUCUUAGAAAUAUUAAUGGAUAGAAUCAUAAACGCGGCUUGGCCACCAGGGUUCAUGAUUUUAAGGCCUUUAGUUAACGAUUUAGUUUCAACUGCUUUCACAGAUAUAUUUAAUGGCGUGUUCCAAGAGUUUCCAUUUAACGAUUUAAUUAAAGAAUAAUUAAUAAUUAGUUAUAUUAAUUGCUCAAAAAUGGUUAUUAUAAUAAUUUUUAAAAAGUCAGACUGAACAAAGUUUUCUGUUAGUAAUUUAAAAAAAGUUGUGAUAAUUUACACAAAAAAAUAGCUUUUACUAACUUUAAAUGUUGUACAUACACGCAGCUGUAAUGUUAUUUUCUUUUUUAAUAAUAAAUUGUAUUGUUUAGUAUUUAA